AUGACGUUGGAACACGACAAAUUGUAUAAGGGUCUAACUGAUGAGCAGUCCAUUAUUUAUCGGAAAGGAAUGGAUGUUGUGUCGAGUCAAGAAGGAGGUGUGUUUUUCGUCUACGGCUAUGGAGGGACCAAAAAAACAUAUGUCUGGAAGACAUUAUGUGCUGCAAUAAGGAAGAUGGGCGAAAUUGUAUUGCCUGUAGCUUCGAGUGGAAUUGCUUCUCUCCUCCUUCCACGAGGAAGAACGGCGCAUUCGAGAUUCGGUAUCCCUUUGAAUGUAACUGAGAAUUCUACAUGUGCCGGUAUUCGUCCUAGGUCGGAUUUGGCUGAUCUUCGUAUCAAGACAAAACUUAUUAUAUGGGAUGAAGCGCCCAUGAUGCGUAAGUAUUGUUUAGAAGCACUUGAUAGAAGUUUGAGGGACAUAAUGAGGUAUGUUGAUAGGGAUUACAUGCAUCAACCGUUUGGGGGUAAAGUUAUGGUGUUCGGUGGUGAUCUGUGGCAGAUAUUACCAGUUGUACCAAAGGGAACGAGGCAAGAUAUCGUGUUUGAUACCGUUAAUUCGUCUUACUUGUGGGAUUCGUGUAAGGUCCUAACACUUAUUCGCAAUAUGAGACUUCAAUCAGGUUCUUCGAAAUCUUCUGCUAAUGAACAGCAGGAAUUUUCAAAGUGGAUACUAAGUGUAGGAGACGGUAAGGCUGGAGAUCCUAAUGAUGGCGAAGCCGUAAUUAAGGUUGCAAAAGAUUUCUUAUAG